AUGUCCUACUUCGUGAAGUUUCGACUGGCAGCCCGACAUGCAUCCUCCGUUUCGGUGCUGUCGGCAUCCAGAUCCGGCUACGGCUCCCACGGGGCUGUAGCCCUUGCAGCCAGUGCUGGAGUCCUGUCAGGUCUUUUCAUGGGUUACAAGAAACCUUGCGCUCACCAUUCUGGUUGCGAAGUGCAACUUACAGAUGCUCAGCAGCAGCUUGGCACAAAGCUUUGUGAUCUCGUUGGCAAAAGCAAUGUCAGCAACAAUGUGACGAUGAAGGGCUCUCGGCUUGGACAGGGAACUGCGCUCGCUGUUGUGAAGCCAGGAUCUUUGAAAGAGGCCAUUGCAGUUCUCACAGCGUGCUCUGCCGCGGAAGUGGCAGUUCUGCCACAAGGUGCCAACACGUCUCUCACAGGAGGUUCUGUUCCGCGCGGGGAGUGUGACAGACCAACAGUGAUUAUUAACAUGAGGCGGCUCAACAGGAUUCUUCCGGUUGGAGCUGAUGCAGGCCAAGUGCUGUGUUUCGCAGGAGCUGGCAUCUUUCAGCUGCAGCGAGAGCUGCAGACCGAGUAUGGCAGAGACUCACACUCCGUUCUUGGAUCCAUCUUCCUGAACCCAUCCGUUGCUGCGGGAGUGUCCUAUGGAAGCGGGGGAACACAGAUCCGGAAGGGGCCAGCAUUUACAAAUCGCGCGCUGUUUUGCCGCGUGGGUGAAGGGGGCAAGGUUGAGUUGGUGGACACAUUGGGACUGAAAGCAAAGGGCGAUGAUGCUUUGUCCUUUCUCGAGUCUGCCACGAGCCUUGUGCCGGAAGACUUGGACCCACAGUGCAAGUCUGCUGCAUCCUGGCCCAACUAUCGACAACAUCUCACCAAGCUGGACAGCAAUGUCUCUCGAUACAAUGCGGAUACAAAUGGCGUCGAGUGCAAUCGCUCUGAGGGCAAGGUGUUGAUAUUGGCAACUUUACACGACACGUACCCCAUGCCAAAGGAAGAUAAGGUGAUUUGGGCUUCGUGCCGCGACUUCCAAACGGCCCAGGCACUCAAGCGGGAGGUCUGCAUCUCUUCCCCUGAUUGCAUGGCCAAGUCCUGUGAGUACAUCAACCGUGAGGUGCACGAUGCGGUUGACCAGGCGGGGCGCAUCCUGAUCAAGAUGAUCGAGGUCGUGGGUAUGGUGAGGCUGGAGCCUCUCUGGAACUUGAAGCUUUUCAUCGAGUCUUUGCCUGUGCCGUUUGCAACUAUCGUAUGCGACAAGUUCCUGUGGUGGUUCAAUGGCAUCUUGCCGAAGUCUUUGCCGGCAGAGCUACAGAAGCUCACACAAGAGUACGAUCACCACCUACUCAUGGAGUUUGCAGAAUACAAACCAGGCGAGCUGAAUAGUUUGAUGUCCCGACUAAAGGAGUUUCGGGACUCCCAACCAGAGGGGGCAGUGCAGUUCCACGAGUGCGCCGACAAGUCCGAGCGAUCCAGAGCAACUCUGUUCCGGUUUGCUGUAGCACCAGCUUUCCGCACUUAUUGCAUUGGCCUUGGCCAGCAAGGGCUCUCCAUUGACUAUGCGCUGCCAAAAAACUUCACUCGGUACCCAGAUUUGCCAGCAGAGUACCCUAUUUUCAAGCGGCUGGUGUAUUCUCACUUCGGCUGCAACGUCUACCAUGAAGAUUUCGUUUUCGAUAACAGCCUGGAUGUACACAAGGCAAAGAUGGCCAUCAAGAAGGCCAUUGAGAAAGUCGGUGGCAAGCUUCCUGCUGAGCACGGGCAUGGCACUGAGUAUGCCGCACCUGCGGACAUGCAGCAGCGAUGGCAGCGGUCAGACCCAACGAACACCAUGAAUCCUGGAGUCGGGGGCACAUCCUACAAGAAGGACUACGCCUGA